AUGAAUUUAAGAUCAGUACUAGAAACUAAAAAUGAUGGACAUAUUAAAAUUAAUGAUCGUAAUCUUUUAAGAUUAUAUGAAGACAGGCUUAUAGUGACUUAUACAGGUCUGGGUGGAAAAGAAAACUGUGCUGCAAUUCGAGUAAAUCAUCCUAUUCCUAAGCAUUUUGAAUUAUUUUAUUUUGAAGUUGAUAUUAUAGAUAAAGGGGAAAAUGGGGAGAUUGGAAUCGGGUUUUGCACACAAGCAGCUAGCCUAAAUAAAAUGCCCGGUCUUGACGAAUCAUAUCGAUAUGGACUAAAAUUUAUAGCUGGUGAUACUAUUGGAUGCUGUAUAAAUUUUAAAAAUUAUACAGUAUUUUAUACCAGAAAUGGAGUGAAUCUAGGUAUUGCAUUCAAAAAGUUAAAAAAUGCUUUGUAUCCUUAUAUUAGAAUGAUGUCGCCAGGUGGAUCUGUAGGAGCAAACUUUAGCGAUAGAAAGUUCAAAUAUACAGUGAUGAAUGAUGAUGAUAUUUAUGAAUCUUUAAAGAAGAAUUGGUCUGAAAUACUUAAUUCAUACAAUGAUAAAAUAUUAAGUCUACAGAUUAAUAAAUUUUCAGAUUUAAUACAAUCAUCAGAAAUUAAACAAAAUAUUAAUUUAUUGAAAUACCGAAGAAAAUUGUAUUUUGUUAUAGGUGAAUAUAAGCUAGCACUUACAGAUUUCACAAAGUUGCUUGAAUUUGAUGCAAAUAAUACAUUUGCAUUAAAAUAUCAAGGAGAAAUUUAUUAUAUAACUGAAUUAUAUGAUGAUGGUAAAUAUAAUCAUAAGUUAAUAAAACUUAAUUUGCCUAUAUUUGUUUAUUAA